GCUGUGCGGGGUUUCCAGACCAGUGCAGUCCAGCGGGACAUUGACUCUGCUGCGAAGUUCAUUGGAGCUGGAGCUGCCACAGUCGGUGUCGCCGGCUCUGGUGCUGGUAUCGGCAGCGUGUUCGGCAGCCUGAUCAUCGGCUACGCCCGGAACCCAUCCCUGAAGCAGCAGCUGUUCUCCUAUGCCAUCUUGGGCUUUGCCCUCUCCGAGGCCAUGGGUCUCUUCUGUCUUAUGAUGGCCUUCCUGUUGCUGUUCGCCUUCUAAGACACUGCCACAUGCCAUGGAUUCUUUUUUUCUCAGAAUUGUGCAUUAGAGACAGUUGUUGGCUGGCAA